GAGCAGUUCUCCCAGCCGAGACCAAGAUGGUGCUGCUCGGGAACCUCACGGCAAGUCCGGCGGCCGCCGUCAUCCGGCAGGCGCAGCGCGCAGACGGCCCUGCGUCCGUGCUCGCCAUCGGCACGGCCAACCCGGCCAACUGCGUGCUGCAGCAAGAGUACGCCGACUACUACUUCCGGGUCAUCAACGCAGAGCACGACACCAAGCUCAAAUCCAAGCUUCACAGAAUCUGUAAAAGCUCGGCCAUCAAGAAGCGUUACUUCUACCACACCGACGAGAUGCUGCGAGACCAUCCUGAGCUCAUAGACCGGACAUUGCCAUCCCUGGACACCCGGAUGGGCAUAGCCACCACCGCCGUUCCCGAGCUCGCGGCAGCUGCCGCGACCAAGGCUAUGGCGGAGUGGGGGCGCCCGGCCACCGACGUGACCCACCUCAUCGUCGGCACCUACUGCGGCGCACACAUGCCGGGCGCCGACGUCCGGCUGGCUUCCCUCCUCGGCCUCGCCCCCUCCGUCCGCCGCACCAUGCUCUACCUCAACGGCUGCAACAGCGGCGCCACCGCGCUCCGGGUCGCCAAGGACAUCGCCGAGAACAACCGCGGCGCGCGCGUCCUCGUGGUCUGCGCCGAGCUCACUCUCAUCCUGCUCCGCGCCCCCGAGGACGAGGCCGACAAGGCCACGCUCAUCAUGCAGGCCCUGUUCGGUGACGGAGCGGCCGCCGUGAUCGUCGGCGCAGACGUGAACCGCGGCUCUGUCGAGUGCCCGCUCUUCGAGAUGGUGGCCGCGUCGCAGGCCGUGAUACCGGAGUCUGAGCGCGCCGCGGCCGGACGGCUCGGCGAAGACGGGCUCCUCUUCCGCCCCGCCGUUGAGAUGACAACGCUGAUUCGCGAGAACGUCGAGCAGUGCCUGGUAGAGGCGCUGGCGCCGCUCGGCCUGAGCGGUGGCUGGAACCGUCUCUUCUGGGCGGUGCAUCCAGGGGGGCGAGCAAUCUUGGACGGCGUGGAGGCGGUGCUCCGGCUGGACUCCGAGAAGCUGGCGGCAAGCCGCCAUGUGCUGAGCGAGUACGGGAACAUGUCUGGGCCGACGGUGAUCUUUGUGCUCGACGAGAUACGGCGACGCCGCGGAGAGCUUGGGGUUGGACGUGACGGCCUGGGUGUGCUACUGGGGCUCGGACCGGGAAUUUCCGUUGAGACCAUAGUGCUGCACGCCACCGGUAAUUACUAGAACGAAUUUACUAGCGCUCGUAAAUUACCUCGUAGAAAUAAGUUUAUGCUAAAACGGUCAAAUAAAACCGUCUGUUCGACUUCUUUCAUUUUUCGAAAAAAAAGUUAGAGUAGUUUUCCAAAAGUUUAAAAGUUUCUAUAUUUGACCAAGUUUUUAGUACUCCCUCUGAUCCAUAAUAAAUGGUAAGUGUCACAGUUUUUUACUAAGGUUUAACUAACCUUGUUUCAAAACUGUGACACUUAUUUGGAUUGAAGGGGUAGUAAAGUAUAUCAACAUCUAAACUAGUAGAUAAAUAAAAUAUAUAAAUAUAUUUCAUAUGAAUUUAAACAUAAUGAUUUGCUAUUGUACACGUUGAUUCUGGAUAGAAUUUUAGCCAAGGUUUAAAAAAUAUAGUCAAAGUUAGAGAAAUUAAACUUGAAAAAAAUAAUACACCUUACAUUUGAAAUAUAAGAGAGUGGAUAUCAAAUAACGUAUCGUCUCAUUGGAACCGUCUCAAUGGAAAUUCCGGGUCCACCCUU